AUGGCCGAACAUUCCACCCAUAUUCGACACGUGCUCCUUUACGAGUUCGAAUCUGGCCACCCCGUUGCUGAAGCCCAUCGAAACUUAAGUCAAGUAUUCGGCACUGAAGCCCCUUCUGAACGGUUUGUGCACGCCUGGUUCCAGCGCUUCAAAACCGGAACCAAGAAACUCGAAGAUGAGUCUCGCUCUGGUCGACCGACUGCAAUAUCGUUCGACGAACAGAAGAAUCUGGCGGAGCAGCAUCCAUAUGAAGGUCUGCGGUAUUCUGCUGCCAGUCUUGGCAGUUCGCUGUCCACCGUAAGCAAUGGACUGCGAUCUCUCGGAAUGGUGAAAAAGCUCGGUCAGUGGCUCCCACAUACAUGGAGCGACGGCAACAGUCAAGACGCCUGGACAUCUGCACUCAGCUGCUCUCCAGAAUACGUUUUACUGAAAUUUGUGAUCGUUGAUGUAUUGAAACACGUGUUGGCCUAUACAGUGAUUUGCGGGGGCCAACCGAUGCGCCAAAUCAGUGCUUUUAUCCCCCAGAGAGAAGUCUGGCAACCAAAAUCGGAGCCAUGA